CUUUGGGGGUAAUAGAGCGACCACCUACUGCAUCAUGGUGACCCCCUGCUCCAUCAGCCCCGCGAGCCCUGCCGCUUGGGCGGGAAGACCGGACAACGACCAGAACCUCCGCGCACCGAUGAAGAAGAUCAGGCGCCCGCGCCUCGGUAGGAAGCAGCCGCUGCAGCCCCUGAACCCGCUCCCGCUCCCGGGAGACUCCGGCAUUUGCGACCUGUUCGAGUCCCCGAGCUCUGGCUCGGACCGCGCCGACAGCCCCGCGGCGUCCGCGGCGCGGGGCAGCAGCCCCUUGCCCGGCCCUGCUCAGCCAUUGGCGCAGCUAGAUCUACAGACCUUCCGCGACUACGGCCAGAGCUGCUAUGCCUUUCGCAAGGCUCGGGAGAGCCACUUCCAUCCUCGGGAGCCUCUGGCGCAGCAGCCACAAGUGACAGCGGAAGCCCGGUGUAAGCUGCUCAGCUGGCUGAUCCCCGUGCACCGCCAGUUCGGCCUCUCCUUCGAGUCCCUGUGCCUAACGGUCAACACCCUAGACCGCUUCCUCACCACAACGCCAGUCGCUGCAGACUGCUUCCAGCUGCUCGGGGUCACGUCUCUGCUUAUCGCUUGCAAACAGGUGGAGGUGCAUCCACCGCGGGUGAAACAGCUCCUGGCCUUAUGCUGUGGCGCCUUCUCACGGCAGCAGCUCUGCAACCUGGAGUGCAUCGUGCUGCACAAGCUGCACUUCAGCCUGGGUGCGCCUACCAUCAGCUUCUUCCUGGAGCAUUUCACCCACGCGCGCGUGGAAGCUGGGCAGGUCGAGGUCUCCGAAGCCCUGGAAGCGCAGGCCCUGGCACGCUGUGUGGCGGAGCUGAGUCUGGCGGACUACGCCUUCACCAGCUACGCCCCCUCCCUGCUGGCCAUCUGCUGCCUGGCGCUGGCCGACCGCAUGCUGCAACUCCCGCGACCCGUGGACCUGCGCCUGGGCGAGCAUCCCGAGGAGGCGCUGCAGGACUGCCUGGGCAAGCUGCAGCUGCUGGUGACCAUAAACGGGACCUCCCUGACUCACAUGCUGCCCCUUCAGAUCCGGGAGAAGUGCAGCCUGACCCCGAGCUUGAAAUAAAGCAGACCCUCGAUCUCCUUUUUUUCUCCAGCCCGGGUGCUGGACCUCUCGCGUUACUGGGGAGAAGAGCAGUAUUGGCCCACAGAAAGGAGACACCCCGCCCCCCCCC